CUCUAUUGUCCCCGCGGCAAUAAACACUUCAUUGAGCAUGUGGCGGUCAUCAAAGCCCUUCCCGGGAGCCCUCUGAUUGGCCGAUGGACCUAUGAGAAAGUGCAACCGGUCCGAGACCCACGCAUUCACAUGGAGAUUGGGGGAGUAUAAAUAGAGGGUCCAGGGGCAGGGAAGAGACCAGAACAGACCAGCUAGCGCUUGGCUCUCUACAGCUCCUACUCCUACUCCCACUCUCUCACCGAGACUCAUCUCUCUUAGGACAGCCAUGGCUCCUACUACUGCCACUACCAAUGGAAACGUUCACCACUCCAAGGAACACCUCACAUCUUCUCACAAGCUGAGGAAACCGAUGGUUGAGAAGCUGCGCCGCGACCGCAUCAACACCAGCAUCGAGCAGCUCAAGUCCCUGCUGGGCCAGGAGUUUGUCCGCCAGCAGCCCGACUCCAAGCAGGAGAAGGCAGACAUCCUGGAGAUGGCGGUGUCCUACCUGAAGAUCUGGCGGCCCGAGCAGAGCGCCCACCAGCAGCCCGAGGGCCGCGGCGAAGGCUACGCCCACUGCGUUCAGGAGGCCGUCACCUUCCUGUCCAAGAGCCGCUCCAGCGGGCCCCUGCUGAACCACUUCCUGGGCCUGCAGGCCUCCGGCAAGGCCCCCGGGGUCGCCUCCGUCUCCCCACCCGGCUCCCCGCUCCACCACACCGGCUCCACCAUGAAGGAGGGCGAACAGGCUCCGCUGUGGCGGCCCUGGUAACGGAGCAAGCGAUUCCAAGAGACUGAACGCCAUCCGAGCCAGACCCACGUCUAUGGAGGUCAUAGACCACAAGUUUGAAAGAGCGACGCACGCAUCUUGCGUUGUUAUCUUUUGUAAAAGUAGCGACACGUUUCUACGUCGCUGAGGUACUUCCGUUGAGGGGGAGACAUGAGGUUGCGCUGCGAGUGAUCCUUCGGAGGGAUUGAAUCGUUAGUAUAUGUACACCAUGUGUAUGUGUCGUACACACCCUCUUUUUGGAGGGUGUUUUACCACGACAGUUUGACUUUCCCAAACGCCGUAUUUGAUACUGUGUAUCAUGGAAUGUUACUUUAAAACCCUAAAUUGAUCCAAUGGAUCUCUCAUCGAUGUAAAUCAUGUUAUGAUUGUGAUGAACUGACUUAUUGUGUAAACCAUUAUGUGGUUGGAUUCUGUAUCAAUUGAUAUUAUUAAUAGCAAUGUUUACUGUUGAUAAUGUACCUUUUCUUCAAGUGGAUACCUUUUGUAAAGGAGACAUUUGUGUGCUGCCAACUUAAAUCUCUGUGAAGAUGAACACUAUAUUUCUUCUUUGAGAAGACGUGAAAAUAAAUUGAAAACUUCAUGUGAAGUUUGUCAAAUGCUA